AUGCGACUCCUCAAGUCGAGCUUACUCUUCGUCGCACUUCUCUUCCUCGUCCACCUUGUGCAUCUGCCUGCGGCUGCAGGAGGUCGAGGGGAAAGUAGUCGUACCUCGAAAUCGCCAAAGCACGAUCGCGAUAAAGCUCAUAUCUCUGCUACUGCAGGAGAUGCAGGUGACAGUAUUGAUAUCGCGAGGAUGCCAAGGGACUAUUGGAUUCAGCUCCGGAAAGCAUACAAUGACGAAGCCUCCUACUUGUCAAAGUCGGAGAUCAUGCACCUCAGGGGGCUGAAGGAUGGAGAACUCCAUGAGGCUUACCAGGUGCUACACGAUGCUGCGGAGAUGUAUCGAGAGGCGCUCAAAUCCAGGCUCAAUGCGAUAAAAAGCGUCACUGUACCGAGCCCGGACGCUCUUAUCGAGGACGAUCAAGACAUUGCCGCUCUGCAGUGCGGCUUGGAGAAACAGUUGAUACCAGGGUUGUUGAAGAAGAUCAAAAGGUUUCUACCUAUCGACAAAAGAAACGACCCUUGGGAACUCUCCAAAUUGGAUGUGGAAACAAGGAGAAAAAGGUACCGUCGCGCUGUGCAAAGGCGCCAAGGGGAUGAGCAAAGAGAAAAGCAUUUCGACGCCGUGUACGACAGGUUCGACAACCUUUUGCUCAAAGAGGAUGAUCCCCAACUGGAGCAUGAGAAGGAGAAGGAGGAGGAGGAGGAGGAGAAGGAGGAGGAGGAGGAGGAGGAGGAGGAGGAGGAGGAUGCUCAGCACCGAGACAGAGAGCGAAGAGGAGGAGGAGGAGGAGGAGGCCAAACGUCCGUACAGGGGCGAGCAGGCUCAGCGAAAUCCCGGCUUCACCGUUGUCACCUCAAAGCUGUUACAAAGUGGGAAGCGAAAGUUCGGAGAGAGGCAACAACACACACUGAAUCGAAAGAGGAAAAGGAAAACACCGGACCGCCUCUGCCGCUAGAUGACGAUUUCCUUUCCACGCAGCCGAGUCGUAAACUGUUGACUGAGCUCCGGAGCAGAUACAAUGCGGAACUUCUCAAAUGCGGGACCGAAGGCGGCAAGAGCUCGUUCGACGCCGACUUUCACCUUCAAAUGGCGCACAUACAAAUUGCUGCAUUGGAUUACUCGGAUGCCUUGGGCCAUAGACUCAACGUGAUUGAUUGCAACAUCAGAAGACUCAAGGUUGGGCAUUUUCCACGCAGCAAGCCCAGCUCCAUUCGAAACCUCCUUCUGGAAUUUGAAAUGGAGAAGGAGAGUGUGUCGCUGAUACUGAAAAAGCUUAAGGUCAAUCUCCCUAUUUUGCCCGAAGACGAGCUCCCGAUCUCCAUCAAAAAGAUGACGAUGGAGGAAAAGACAGAGAAACUUACUGAGCUCAGUGACGCACUUGAGAAGCGCGAAAAAGAGGAACGCAUAGAAGCCGGGCUCAUAGGGACGGGAUUUGACAACAAGAAGCUCAAGGAAAGAAGGCGCAAGGAGACUGAAUUAUUGAGAGAAGCACUCAAACCAGCUCAAGCGCAAGCGGAUCUGAAGGAGAGAAGACGCAAGGAAGCUGAGGGCCGGAAAGAAGGACUUAAAGACCAAGCGGGACCAAGCGCCUGA